UUUUCAAUGAAUCAUUCAAUUGAACCUCGUUUGGAGCUCUCAACAUCCAAUACUUAAGCAAGAAUGUACAAAAGAAUUUAUUUAUUUAAAUAAAACGGAAAAAAGGCAAUAGUAACCCCCCAAACGAUUGGUUAAAUAUAAAAUGGACUUUCCCCAACAAAUUGAAGAUACUCAUCAUAUACAAAUCAUCACCACCACUUCCCACCACAAUAAAAUAUUGUUGAUAAUCGGCUAUUGAGUAGUAAAGCAAAAUUAAAAUCCCACCAAAAAUAAGUAAACAUUUGAAAAAACAAAACAUACUCCCCUCUAUAUCUUUAAACCCAAAAGAAGAUAUUAGUUUUGUAUUUUCUUUAAAAAUACAAAAUCUCCCAUCCAAAAAAAGAAACAAACAAAUAACUAACAAAUUUUAACAAAAACCAAAUCACCUCCUCUUUAACGCUGCUAACACAGAAACACUUGUGGCUAGAUCACCAUCGGUCUAUGAUGUUGUAAUGGAAUCACCGCUUUAUGCGGUCUCCAGAUUAGAACGUAAUACACGUGGCAGUUUUGGUGUUAUGGAUGGUUUUGGCCAAACCAAAUUGAUUGAAUCGGUUACGGCUGGCAGUAAUUUCAAUUACAUUGAUAAAAUGGCUUCAAGCAUGAACAGCAGCACGACCAUGGAUGAUACAACACCCAGUGAUUCGGGAGUUCAAAUGCUAGACUCCGAAUCAAGUGAAUUGAUGGCGGAGUCCAUAACAUCGCAGACUGGGUUUGAGUUUGAGGAACAUAGCAAACCAUUGGAUUUGGGAAAAAAUGAAAAAGGCCAAAAUAAAGAUGCAUUGAUUGUGAUACCUGCUGAAGAGACCACGGUGAUGGACAGUAAUUCCAAUGUAACCGGGGUAACGGCAAGCAAUACGGUCGCUGGAGCUGCUUUGGUGGAAGAAGCCAUGACAAUAAGUCAAUGUUCAACAUUUGAUACAACUGAAAAUAUUGUCUACAGGCGAAAGGUGCGUAAAACACCCAGUGUGGCCAAGGCUCCCAAGAAGAGAGUAUCAUUCCAUGAAGAUAUACUUAAAAAUACUCGUACCGAUAAUAUACAUAUAGAGCAUGGUUUUAUAACCUACAAGGCGGGCGUACAACGACGUAUGGCCCCGGCAAUGGGCCAGGCUGGACGUUACUCUUGGUGUUCGGAAGGUGAUCGACAACGUUCCUCUGAACUUUGUAACUCUCAGGAAGGUGAGGAGGGUGACGAAACAGCAACUGAGGAUGGUGGACCAAAACGUCGAGGACGAGUGGUCUAUCGCAAUGCCUGUUCGGAUGUUUUGGAUUAUGGAAAUUCCGAUAUUUAUGACAUGAAUGAAAGUCAAUGUUUGCAAUAUGAUAAUUCGGGUGUUUUUGAAUAUGCCCCCAAUGAAAAGAAAAUUCCAGGAAACGAUGUUCCGCAGGCUGCUGAGAAGCAGGCAAAUAAACCAGAGCUCUACAAAUGUUCAUGUUCCAGCUCUAACUCAAGCUUGGAUUCUGAUGAAAAUGACAAAAAUUCGAAUGGUCAAAGUUAUGGCCAGGCCAAGAGUAACUCCUGUGAUUGCAUUGGCAUGAGUAAUGCCAACAACAACAUAAUUGGUGACAAUUGUUAUUAUUCCGAACCCAAUAUUGAUUUUGAUGAAAGUCCCCCACGCCAGAAGUCGGUGUGGAACAAGGAAAAGAAACCCAAAUCAAGUUGCCUGAAGAAAACCAAAUGCCACACCAAUAUCAUACACGAACAAGAUCUCAACACCAAAGUCAAGAAGUUCAAUGUCCAUGACAUGAAUCAACUGCUGGAUAAUAGCAGCAAAAUGAUUUUUGGUUCAUUGAAAAGUAUUUUCACUAUGCCAUUACCGGAACGUGGGGUGCCAGAAGGUUCUGAAGAUUUGCAGGCCGUGGUUGAAUGUCUAUCGGAAUUGGAACAAACUCCGGAACAUCAUGCGGUCAUCAAGGAAGUGGAAAAUUUUGCCGAUCGCCCUGAAUCGCCACCAUUAAAGGCCAAGCCUUUCCUCAGCAAAAGUCUAGACGGAUCUAAGCAACAACAACCCAUUAAGAAAUUUGUACACAAUGUCGACGAACAGCUGCGGCGCAAUAAGGAGGAAGAUAUUUACUCGGCCACCAGGCAAAAUAGUGAUGAACCUCCAAAGGAUGUUUCCAACAAGACAACACCACAAUUGGUGCGUCAAAUGGAAUUUGAAAGUGACAAUGAUUUGUUCGCCAAUGGCGCAGCAGCUGCAGCAGUGGCUACAGGCUCUACGGCCUCAUCUUCAUGUGACACUACCGCCACCACCACUGAUCGUACACCAUUUCGCAAUAAAUUCAUUAUCAAUUGUGAGAGUACAGUAUUCGAACACACCGGUGUCUCGUAUUGCUAUGAAACCUCAUCGUUUAAUGAACUCAACAAUAUGGAUGAUUUACACGGCAGCAUUGCCAGUUUAAUUGAAAAAGACACGCCCAUUGCUCAACCCGAACCGGAGGUAUUGAAAAGUGCAUUCAUGACAGCACCCAUUGCCAAGACAUUCUCCAAUUUCUUUCGAAGUUUUAAGGAUUCGGGAAAGGAUAAAACUUCACCAAAGAAAUUGAGCAAGAAUAACAAACAGCAAGCCGCACAGCAGGAGGAAGUGAAGAAAAUGCAAGAAGCCACGGAGAGUUAUUUUGCUCUCAAAAUGCCCAAACACAGCGUUACAAAUGCCGUUCCUUUGGCCAGCAGCACACCAAACAAAUUUCCCUCAAAUUCAUCAUCAUCGACCAUAUCGGAAUUAACAACCACCACCACUUCCAAUUCGGCACGAAAUCAACAACAUCACAAAUCGAAUACUUCCCUGACAAGUGGCAUAGCCAGUGGCAGCGGUGGCUUACCAUCAACGCCACGCGGAGAAAGUCUUGCGAUUGGCACCGAUCUACGUAGUAAUCUUGAGAAACAAUCACGUCAUUUACCCUCACCGAUUAAGAAACGUUUAAGUGUUGUUGGCGCUACACUCAUACAACAACAUCCACCCCAGCGAUACGGGGUUAGUGCCACUCAGCAUCAACAACAGCAACAGCAUCAUCUUCAACAACAUCCCAGUAAUCAGCACAGUCUUCAUAGCGAUAUGGCCAUGUUCAGUCCUGAUUUAUAUAUGGGUGCUCGCGGUGGCAGUGGUCGUGAUUCAAAGAGUACCAUUCUAAGUGAAGAAUUCGAUGAUAUUCUAACCAUAACAACCGAUACGGAAAGAAAUGAAAGUGACAUUGUUAUCGUAGACUAUCAAGAUGUCAGUGAGCGCAGCAAUGGCGGCGGCAGCGGUGCUUCGGCCAUUGAAUAUGGUAAUCUGUUGAAACCACCACAACCACCAGCCAAAACAUCAUUGAUAAAUCGUUUCCUACGCAAUGUAACACAGAAGAAAAUACUCGAAUCAUCGAUAAGACGUAACAAUUUUUUUGCACACAAGCUUAAGACCGAACAGAAACUCUUCACCGGUAAUCUGUAUGUGAAGGGGGCGAGACCUCGAAAUUUGGAGCUGAUUGAAGAUUUAAAUGCUGAAAUUGCAAUGGAAAUUGAAAUGUCGGGUGUGAAUUCGCCACGCAAGGAAUUGGCAAAUUUGGAAAGUGAUUUACCGGGUGAUUUGUCACGUUUUGAAUUGGGUAUAGGUGAGAUAUCGAUAGAUGUGUUUGCCGGUGUCCAGUUGAGCAUUUUGAAAGAUGUCACCGAACAGCUGAUGAAAGUUUUCAAAUUGUAUACGGGCUACAGUAAGGAGGGUUAUAUGACGCCGGUGUUAGUUUUGUUGACGGAUAAAUCAAUAUAUGUUACGGAUCUGGUACGCAAUCGUUUGUGCUCAAAAUUUGUGCUGGCCUACAAGGAGUUGGAUGUUAUAUUGAUGGGUCCCUAUGGCAAUACAGUUCUACUUUCGAAUAGUAAUCGUGAUAAGCAACAAGUUCUUCUGGCCGGUGGUCCAUAUCCAGCUGCUGGUUUAGUUGCAAAUUUGGAAUUAUGUGCAAGGCGAAGUGGUUCCACAUUGCCUGCCGUUGGACAAUUGACUCUGGAUCAUUUGGCUCCGCUGCAGGAAUUUGUACGCGAGAAUUCAUGUGUUGGCAAACAUGAUGCCUGGAUGUAUUAUGCUGUGGUCAAUGUACCCGGUUCAGCGUUGGGUGAGGUUGGAGAACAAGAACCAUUGGGACCACAUGCCAAAGGUUUUCUAAUGCAUCGACGGGUCAAGGAACACAUGAGUAAUACCACAUCCAAACAACAUCCCUGGAAUCCGGGAUAUUUUCUGUUGAAAGCUGGCGUUUUGUAUAUGUUUAAUGAUUCGACACAAAAAAUACCCAGUUGGGCCAUGGCAUUGGCCGAAUGUCAAGGUGCCCGUAGGGCUGUCAAGGCCCAAAGGCCUCAUUGCUUUGAGAUUAUGUUGAAAAAUAAAAUGCUAUUGCAGUUGGCGGCUCCAGAUGAAUAUGUGGCUUCAGAAUGGCUGCAGGCCCUGUUGCAGUCUGCAAGUGGGCUCUUUGAAAUGCAAGAGAAACACAAAACCUUGGGCUGUACAUUGGUGGUAACCCAAAACCAUUUGAUAACACUUCGGGAAGACUUUACCACACCCCUGAGAAAGUUGAAAAAUGAAGAAGAUAAUAAUAAUACACAAAAAGUCGAAACUCAAACUACAAACGCUACAAAUAUAGAGGAAGAACAAUAUGCACCAGAAACUGGAAGUUUGCUAAGCUCUGCCAUGAGUACACCAACACGCAACACACUACGCUCGGAAUCCUCAAUGAAUUCAACACCCACAAAACUAUCGCAACUAUCACGUUCGACGACAACAUGCAACACCACGUUGGCGUCAUCGUUGGCAAGCAAUAAUGUCACUCCAACAUACCUUUCAAUGCGCUCAACUAGGCAACCUGGUGAUAUUUUAAUGGGUGCUCAGCAACAACCAACAACUUCACGUUCCGCUGCCCGUCACACUGCCAUGAGUAGUGUCUAUGGCAAAAACUCGGGUCUGGAAAUACUAACAUGUGCCGAUAUCAAAGAAAUGACCGGCAUUAAAAUACCCUCACACACUGAUACUUGGUGGUGUAUUCUGGAGUUUUCAUGUCAGGAGGUACGCGAAUGCUCCGAUGAUUUGGUGAUAUUUUUCGCCAGCAGCACUGAAAUGCAAAGGUUUCUACGUCUGUUGGAACAGCUGUGGCAGGCCAAAAAUAAUGACCUGUUUCCCAUUUGUGUGCUGGAUGAAGAUGAUAUUAUAGCUGAACAGUGUACCAUGCUCUAUAUGGACAUAAAUCGUUCCUGGGAGCCUCUGCUAUCGGCUGCCCUGGGCUAUCCUCUAUAAAAUGCUUCUGGCAGAAAGUAAAACAAAGAAACAAUAACUAAUACCGAACAACAAAAUAAGAAAAAGAAAAUAUUUUUGAAUAACUAAACUUCCUUCUCCAAUAUCUUUAUACCAAACAAAUACUAUUCCGCCUUGCCAUGAUGCCCUGAUUUAAAAAAGAAAAAAAAAUUAGCAAAAACAAGUUAUUUUUAUGCUUGACAAAUAAUACCGAAACAUAGUUGGAGUAAUGGAGAGAUGGUUAAGCCUUGGUGAUUGGUAGAGUGGACGAGCAGCUGAUAGACAAAACAAGUUUAGCUAUCUUUAAAAUAAAACAAAAAAAGAAAAACGUAAUCAAAACCUAGCUAGUCACACAAAAAGCAACACAUGGCUACAUAAAUAUUUUGCUCUCUUUUUUGUGGACUAAAAAAAAAAAAUAUUGUAAUUUUUGUGAUUUUUUUCUUUUGUAUUAUUUAAGUUAUGGGUUCUGUAUUUUUGGUUCUUGAAUAUGUUUUUUAAAGAAAGUAUUUGAAUCUAUAACAAGCUCUUAAAUUAAAAUCAUUUUGUAAGUUAAAUAUGUGAUAUUUUGUUUAAAAAUCCUAUUAUUAUUAUUAUUUUUAAAAAAUAUAUUUAGUUAAUAUUUUUGAUAUUAAAAUAGAAGAAAAAACAAGCAAUGGAUCUUAAUUUUGUUAGUUAGAAGAGUAAGUCUUAUUUUCCAUGGAUUUGUAUAUAAAAAGAAUUGAAGAAAAAUUGAAAUGAAAUAAUUAUGAAUUAUAGGUUAUGUAAAGCAGAAAAACAAA